AUGGCCGCGUGCCAACAAGGUGGAUGGGUCGUGGAGGUGGACGUCCCGCGCGGCGUGGGAUGGGGCGCGGCGCUGCGCGAGAUUGGGGUAAACCCAGAUUUGGAGAUGGAGCUAAAACCGCAAGCACGACCUAGGCCAUAUCAACGAGCGUCAAUAAGAUGUUUGGGAAUGGACUUGCAAAGUAUGCAAUUAUUGUGCUACCUUCUGGUGCUUCUAUCAAAUUUGGUAGCAUUGCAGAUUCAGUUUUCUGGACUUACUUCUCCAAUCAAGAGCAACAGGUCAGGAUUAGGAUUUUGCCAUCCGAUGGAUGAUAAUAUGCUCAGGAUGUUUUCAUACUUUCUUGCUAUAUGUUCUCUUCCACUGUUUGCUGAUGCAUGGGUAAAGACAGCAUAUGGUAACUGGAUAUAUGUCAUUCGAUAUGAUGACAAAGGUCUAUUGACACAGACUGCUCUUUCCUUCCCUGUCCCUAUUUUUUCUUAG